ACAACGUACAUACAUCAACAAACGCAGUUUCCUUGAUAUUUCCGUUGUUAAGACGCGGGAUUUUUGUACUUUCAUAACAGUUUAUAUCUUUUGAAAUUUUUAUAUAUAUAUUAUAUUUGUAGAAGAAAUGAGUGUAGUGUGCGUAUAGUUUUAUAUUCUCUGCCAUGGAAUCCGAUCUUGGUUGCAACGAAAGAACUUUCAGCUUUGAGGGAAUCGGUUUUGCUGCGAUUGAUCUGGGGUUUAAAGAUUUGGAACACGUAGAAGUCUCAGAAAAUGUUAAUGAUACACAAACACGUGAAAGUACUAGCGUACAUUGUAGUGAAACGUAUAAAUUUGACGAUGUAUCUUUAACAAAAAUAACUAAUUCCAAUGAAAAUUUCAGAGCAUGUAAUUUAUUGACUACUUCUCAAUUUAUAGAUGAUAUUACAAAUGAUUUAGGGAAGAAUUUAGCAGCCGGAAAUAGUAUGAUUUUAAAAAAUAGUCCGUUUAGAUCACAUGUUGAUCCCAGUACACACGAUGAAAGAUCUGUGUAUAUUGAGAGUCAUUUAUUUUGGAAGCCUCAAGAAUGCUCUAAAGAUAAUCUGUGCUCCAAGGGUGGUAACGUUACUAUUUGUCCCAAAGAGAGAAAACGUUGGGCAGUGCCAGCAUCAGCUUCUGGUAAUCACCAUAAAGAAAGUCUAGAUGUUAGUUGGCACAAUGUAGCUGGAUUGCCCAUCAAAAGUUCAGUAAUGGAUAAUCUUGCACACCAGGGCGAUGACAUCCGCAAAUGUGGUGGAGUGAAUGUUAUCGAUAGAUAUGAAGCAAGCAGAAUGGGAAACCUGGAUUUGAGUGACACACCUCUGUUAUUGAACAGAUCACAGGAAAAUGAUUGUAAGAAUUUGUUGACAAGUGACCACGUUCCACAAGCACCAUCGCCUUCUUCCGUGUCGAGUGUGACAUCUAGUAGACGUCUAGAGUGGGACAGUGGAGCAGACGUUGGCUACAUGUCACAAGGACUCGUGGCUGGGAAUCGCAUUGAGAUGAGCACGAUUGAGAGAAUUGCCCUCGCCAGGGGUUGCACAGCUGUCCUGUGCUCCAGAAUGGAUCCUGGGAAGACACCAGCAUCUGGAAAUCCACAUGUUUCUGCGCAGGACCCAUGUGCCAGAGAUAAUGAACCGAUUGCUCAUUCAACUCCAGUUGAACGCAAUGUCGCACAAACGGAACUGGCCAGUUCGGCAACAGGAACGGAUUGUGAAAGUGAAAUCACGCCGAUCCUGCGACCAGCAACCAAACCAGGUGGUCAUGUUUCUGUCUGUCGACAAAUACAACAGGGUGCAGAGUCAUUUGGCCAACACAUAACUAAGCAUUCAAAUUGUCGAAAUAAUGUUCCUGCCAGCGAACCUAUUGGUAAAACAGAAUGUUUUGCAGGUCUAGGAGCAAAGCACAGCAAUUCUUUGACAGAUCUUCCGAAGUGUGACAGAAACACAUCCGCGGAUAACCGCACAAAUUCUCUUCCCCGAAGCCAUGACAAAAUAGCGCACCCAUCCAUGGACAGAUAUCUGGUGGACAGAAUCAACAAGAACACUCAUCAUUCUGCUUCAUCGUCCUCGGUGGCUACAGUUGUCUGCCAACAGAAGUUGUUGCCUUCUGACCCUGUCUGUGUUGUUGCCAGUAAAGAAGUUUCAAGUUUAACAAUAGGUGUGCGGCAGCAAGUCGGCGAGCUAGCUGAGGAGGGGUCUAAAAACCCUACAAAGCCACUAAAUACAGGUACUUACAGCAAGUCAUGCACGAGGGAGGAAUACCAUGUAGACCACCUCUCAGAGAAUCAUCCUCCCAGUGGGAAAGAAGUCGCGGACAUGAGUGGCGUGUUGCCGCAGCAGAGUGGCGCGGAGGAACGAUGUGGCACGGCAGGCAGCAUCGGGAGCAGUGCCCAGACCGGGGGCACGCCGCUCGGGGAGUCCUCUGCCCCGGUGGGCAGCGCGAACAGCUUCGAGUACCUGCCCGGCCCCGGGUACGAUGAGGCCGCGCUGACAGACGGAAAGACCUCGGGCUCGCUGUCUGAUGGGGCCGUGGGUUGUGUCGAGAAGCUCCUGCAAGGCGUGGACCCCGAUGGGUCCGGCGUGAGCCAGCUGCUGAUGCAGCACGUCUGUCGGAAGUUCUUGGACCUGCCUGACUUGCCGACGCCGCGCGAGGUACCCGCCGCGGCCGUCGGAGCGUCGCGGAUUCCGGAAGCCGACAGCAGCGAUGUUUCCUCCACCGUUUUCAAGCCGCAUCGCUUGGCUUGUGAGAGGACGUUGACCGCUGGUAGGAUUGGUUCUGGUGAGGUGUCGAGCUCGGCAGCGGAGAGUCGAGGCCCCUCGGACAGCACGGGACGAGAUUGGGGGAGUCCCGCGACCCGCUCCGAGCGAGCCUUCAAGCACCGCUGGUCCCAGGACCAGCCUGCGGGUGCGGGGAUAGCGGGCAAGAGUCUUGCCCCCUUGUUGGAGUUCUGCGAAGGCGAGCGAGCCAGCCAGCUGUCGUGGAUCCAGAUGGAAAUAGACCACCUGCAGAACUUGAAACAGUUGCUGGCAGGGCAGAACGUAUUGAGUCGUCGUGAGAAGGGAGGGACGUCAGAUGGACCACGUCAGACAUCUGCAGCACCAACUUGCACGCUGAUGAAGAUCACCAGAAAUACAUUACAAGCUUCCAGAUCCGAGACGUCGACGACGACAGAGUGCGAGCGAAGCAUCAGCGUCACGCACGACUGGGGAAGCGUCCGCGAGGUCGAGUGUCGCGCGGGGGUGCGGCAGAUCGUGUCGAGGCGCUCGGCCGCCCGGCUCCCGCCCGCCUCUCCCGCGCGAGCGGACGGCAGUGGGGAGAGCCUCUGGGCCGGACGCGAAGCUCGCGCGCGGACUCGGAGCGUCGGGGUGGAUGCCGGCGUGCAGGCGGCUGCUUGUCGUUGCGAGCGCAGCGCAUCCGUGCGGGAUGUCGGUGGCGCCGCGGCCUUCAACUGUCACGACCCUCAUGGUGUACGUGUUGAGCAUGAGUGUCCAAGCUCAAAGAGAGGUUAUGCCGGGUUACUCGAUGUUUCCACGCAGGUCCCAAGCGCGGAGGAUUGUACAGGAGAAAAGGCAAAUGCCCGUGUUUUUAUGUCCUAUCCCAGAGAUCGCGAAGAUUUACGUAACACUUGCGCACAAGUGCCGAGCAGUGGGAGUGUUACAGAAAGAAGUUGUGUAACCUCUCGGAGAAACAUCGUUAGAUUAUGUGAAGCAUCCACCCAAGUGCCUGAAAGCCAAAGCUUCUCCGGAAAACGCGAUGAUAAGCGUGAACAUGUAAUCUCUCGAAGGGUUGAUGAAAAGUCAGAUGCAUGUACCCAGGUUCCAAGCUCCGAGAAUGUUACACAAAGAAGUGGCAACGGGCACGGUAGUGUAAUGUCUCGAAAAAUCAAUGAAAAAAUAUGUGAUGCAUGUACUAAGCUUACAAAUGCUGAUAACAUUACGGAUAAAAGUUGUGAAGCUCAUGCUAAUGUAACCUCUCAGAGAGGUGGUGAUAGGUCUAAUGUAUGUACCCAGGUCCCAAGCUUCGAGAAAAAUACAAGAAGUAGUGCCAGUAGGCAUAGUUAUGUAACAACUGAAAAAAAUUAUGAAAAAUCACAUGAUGUGUGUACCCAGCAUCCAAGCUCUGACAAGAUUACAGGAAAAGGUGUCAGUAGGCAUGAAUACGUAACAUCUCAGAGAGACAUUGUUAAGUCGCACAAUGUAUGCACUCAGAUUCCAAGCUCUGGAAACUUUGCUGGAAGAAGUCUUGACAAGCAUGACCCUGUUGAAUCUCAGAAAAACGAUGAAAAAUUGGGUAACAUGUGUACUCGGGUCCCAAGUGUCCAGGAUAUUACACAAAAAGGUGAUGAAAGAAUCUCUUGGAGAGAGGUUGGAAGAACACGUAAUAUCUGCACUCAAGUACCAAGUGCCCAGGAUGAUACAGAAAGGAGUAAGAAAUCGCUCCGCAAACUGUACAUAAAUGAGUCACACGGCAAGAGAAGUAAAGAGAUUGCCGCACAAGCCGACAUCUCGAGCCAUGAUGCCACUCCGAUGAACAGCGGCACAUUAGAAGGUAUUUCCGAGGGGAUAUUGGACAGCAAUCGCGUCAGCUACGGCAAUGUUAACGUAAGUGACAGAAAUAAAAACCGUCCAGACAUCGCAUCGUCGCAGGUCCAAGGAACGUCCCGAAACGAAACCAGCAGACCGAUGUGCUGCUGCGAGUGCAGGCGGGCCCUCAGGAGGCUAACUUCCGAGAACAGGACAAUUUUCAAAGGCAGAGAUGCGGACGGAAGUGAAGCCCACUCUGGCGGCAGCGUCCUGCCGAAGUGCCGUAUGUGCGGGAUGUGGCUGAACGAGUGUGCGGAUGGGAUAACGGGGGCCCUCCUCGGGAAGCCGCAGUCGAUCGGGGGCUCCGUCCCGGCCCAGGAAGGGAGCGCUGCCGGGCGCGGCAGAAGGUGCCCCUGUUGCUUCUCGAUCGAGGAAGAGUCCUCGUGUUCCACGAGCAGUGUGGAGGAGAGUGUCAGUGCCGUCAGGUCAUCGAGGCGUCGGAAGCCAGGGGGAGUGUCCGGGCCCAGCACCCCGGAGGUAUGCGGGGCUCGUGGGGAGGGGGAACACGACUUGCGGCCCCGAGAUGGGCCCAUACUACCACGGACCCCCUCCCCGGGCAGCGACCCACCCCCGCCGGUGGGGUACAUCCUGACGCUGGAGUCGUCCCCGAGCAUGGACUCUGGCGUCCAGCUGGAAGACGGGCGUGCGAGGAGGAGGUCGCUGUCCGAGGUCAAGGUCAAAGUGCCGAGCAGGAGGCGCGCAGCACGGAAGAAGACCAAGAGUGACCCCGACACUGGAGGCAAGCGUGAUGCAAGCACCAGAGAAAAUGCUUACGGCAAGAAACGAACGUUGCAGGAGUGGCUGGCCAUGAACCGCCCGGACUUCGUGGCGGUGGCGGAGACGCGGCGGCGGCUGCUACGCGAGCUGGCGGAGCUGAGGGAGGCGCGCGGGCUCGGCCUGCAGCAAGCCCUGGUCUCGGGGGCGCGCGGCCCGGACGCUCUCCCUCCCCCGCCCCUCGCCGUGAAGAGGAUUUUCGACCAGCGCUCCAUGCGUCGCCAGACGGAGGAGAAGUACCGGAGGCUGCCGGAGGUGCGGAACAAGAAGACCGAGCGGAAACGCAAGGAGGACUACCGCACCAACAGGCUCAUGGCGGAAAUAUUCACACGGAAACUGCAGACCAAAGUCCUGAAAGGCGAAGUGAACCUCUCCAACAGCGUGAGUGUCAUCUCUAACUUCUAGUCGCUUCCGCGCUCAGUAAGUUAAACUGCCGAGACAAGUGCGACGGCAGCACAACCACGAGUGUGGCAAGAUCAGGACGGGCAACUUUGUGUGGUCAGUGACGGCGUUCAAAGAGAAGGAAUCUUUCAAAGCUGCCGUCACUGUGAAAUGGAAGGUGCUAACUUGCAUUCUGUGCCUUUUCCCAUUCGAGAGAACUACCAUCCCUCAUCGCUUCAGACACUUGAUCUGCAUUCCCCAUGAAUGCAAAAAAAAAAAAAAGUACUUCUGCCUCAGUCUUCCAAAUUUAAAUUGACUUGAAAGUAGUUGCUUUAAUACAUACACUUUGAAGGGUAGGUGUGUGUUUGGGGGGGGGGGGGGGGGGGGGGGGUAGUUACCAAAAAGAGGGAUAUAUUUUUCUGUUAGUGUUAUUUGUUUGGAAUCUGAGAGUUAAGGAAUAUGAACAAAAUAUUUAAUAUGUUGAAUGUUGAGUGUAAUAGUUGUAAAUCUCAGUCUCUUUUGUGUAUAUGAAUACUGAAUGGCUCAAGCGUGGACUGCCAGCUUAGUGGUUGGUCGAGCACCAGAAAAAAAUUGUAAUGCACUUUGUUAGAAAGCCUGUUAACUUUGCUUGCUAGUAAUCUUGGUUCAGUGUUUUCUUUUUGUACAUGAUGUUAAUUAAAUUAUUUUUUUUUGAGUGGAAAAAUCUUCAAUAAUUAUUUUUGAUUUAUGCUUCUGGCAAAGUGACAUUGUAAUGCAGCAGUUGGAAGUUAACAAAAAUUCAUUUAUCUUUGCUGUAUGACUGACAGUUAUUGUCCAACUGUGCAUAAUCACUCAAUCAGUGCGUUUGGCAUGUCAUGCCAAACUUUACUUCAACUACAGCCAAAUAUAUGCUAGAAAGUUUUAUUUUUGGAACCAAACUGCACUGAUUUGUUCCACAUAUUUUUUUAAAAGAAUUUCUUAUCCCUAGAUUUAGUUUUUCAGAUAUUUUUCUAAAACUAUUCUUGCGCUUCAAAAAACUGUCACGAAGGCGGAGAGAUUGAAAUCAUCUUGGAUGUAUCAGUUAGUUAACCCAUAACUAUUUGUCGUCAAUUUAAUUAUUUAAAUUUUGUCUUCUGCACGGUAUAUAAUCUGUCUGUUCAUCUGUCAAAAGAAUGAGUUAAAACUUUUGACAAAUGGACGGAUGAGUUUUUUCGAGCCCUCUGAUUGCCUCCAGGCCAAGUGAUUGACGGAUAGAUGUGCGGAGGCAGCAGACUACUAUUUUAAUUCCGACCUUAAGGAUCUGAAUUGCAAUAAUUAAUGGUAGUCAGUUUACGAAAAUCGUGGGAAAUCUAAUGCAUGGGCCAUGCCUAAACAUAAGCACAUUUUCAAAUGACAGCCCUUGUAUUGGAAAUAAUUAUUGACGAUUUCAAAAUGGUUACUAACUCUCCACUUCAACUUUGAGGACAGUGGUGGUGGUUGUUUAAAUUUCGCAGAAUAUCUAUAAAUUUCAAAAUGGCUGCAUGCACAUUAUUACAACCAACUGACAAUAGGUGGAUCAGCAGAAAAAUUAUUUGGAUUCAGAAAUGUGUCUUUCCCAUUGUGGCCGAAACCCCGUGUUGUUGACGUGGUUUUUUUUUAAUACGAAAGUUAUUUAUGUUUUUUUAGAACCCCUUCUGAGAUAAAUUCCUGUAACCGCCACUGCGUGAGGAUACAUUGAAAAUGUUCAAGUUAUGUAUUGCAGCGCAGGCGUGCUGCAGACACUCGGUGGAGCAACAUGGUGGAGCAGUGUGGAGGGGAUAUUUGUUGCGAGUGUGAAGCGAUAUUGAUCUUCCUUCUGGAAAACUCCUUUUGUUUGAAAUGUUUAACUAUCUGCAUAACAAAUUUGUAAUGUUUUUUAUAAACUGUUUUAAGUUGGACAUGGUCGCAGUAUUGUCUGUACACAGUAUUUGUGAUUGACAUCUUGAACAUUGUUUUGACUUACCUAAUUUAAUUGUGAAUUUUUUUUAUAUGUGUGUAUUUCAGUUAGUUCUUUUUUUAUGGCUUAAAUGAUGGUAUGCAAAUAAUUAGCAGAGAUUGUACGACUGUACAAUUGUUGUGGAAAAAAAAAUAAACAUGCAAUAUUAUUGCAUUGUCA